CUUAUGCUACUUCCACCCGCGCGUGUUGUGCUUUUCUGUUUUGCUUUUUUUUUAAAUUAUAAAUGGAUUUUGAUAGCUGUUUUCGCAUAUGUCAGGUUAAUGGCACAAUUUCUAUUACUACACGUAAAGUCCUUGACGAGGAUCUAAUAGCCUUGCUGGAGCAAAGGGAGGGUGAACUAUUUCUCACUGGAAUACCCAAAUACCAUCUUUGUACUCCGGAAAUGCUGGUGGAUCUGGCCAGCGAGCUGGGUGAAGUUUAUUCCCUUCGUUAUAAGAUCGAUUUUUCAGGACAAACGCGAGGUUAUGCCUACUUGCAAUACAUCAAUGCGCCUCUUAAGGAAGCGGCCCUAGAAUAUCUGCCCAUGCGAUUCAGCCAACUGGACCUCAAAAUCAAAGUGCUAUCAUCCAACAAUAACAGAGAGUUACUUCUUAAGCGGGUGCCGUUACUCAGUCCCUGGCAAGUUUACCAGGAGUUGAGAAAGAUAUAUCCUUUCACCAUCCUUCGUGUGUACGAGUACCAAUACGGCCAUUUUAUAUACAUCAUCGGAUACAGCAACAAUGACAUGGCCGCAAAAGCCCAUCAUUGCAUUAGGAGUAUGAUCAGGAAAUUCGGUCCGCGAGCGCACAUCUCCUGGCUGAACCGACAUCAUUUCUUGAGUGAAACACAAAAAUCUCACUGCUGUGAAAACUUUAAAGAGCAAGAUAAGCUUUUAGGUCCAGUCAAAACAUCUAGAUGUUUCAUAUAUUAAAAGGGCUUUGAGAGCUGACCAUUUCCUAAUACAGUGAGUUCGUCAAAUAACCAACAUGUAACCUAAUGGCACUACCACAGAGGAAAGAGCAGUACAAUUAUUGAAUACAUAAAAAUUUAUAUUUGUAUACAUUUUUUAAGUUUUCGAAACAAAGUGUAAACAUUUUUUUAUAAGAACUGCAACAAUCCUAUAAGAGAUUUUUCUUAUGGAGAUUGACUGGAUAAUAUGUAAUAUAUAUAUAGUGUUUUAUUAAUCUUAACGCCAAGAAAAUCUUAAUUUUUCAAUAAAAAGUAUUAAGCCCUAUCUCUUUAACAAAAGUGUGUUAAGCCAAUCCGCGGAAAUAUUUUUCUGUCUAUUCGAAUAGAACACAAACUUCAAA